UAAUUCAUACCGGUUGUGUUUUCAAGAUAAUAAGAUAGCUUGUCCUAGUAUUUAAGAAUUUUCUUUACCAGUCACGCUCAUAGUGAAAGGAUUAUGAUACGGAUGAUGAAUUACGUUUGAGGAAAUAUGUAGGUGAGGAUCGACCAUUGCGCAACCAUAGCAACCCGAGCCAAACAAUAAUAAAACUAGAAUGAACGCUUGAGGAUUGAUUAGUAUGAACUGAGUGUUCAGCAUUUUAGGACUAGGUUGAGAAUGUUCGUGGAAAUAAUAAAGAAGAAACAAACAUAGCUGACCGUUUAGAUAAUUGUUAUGGAUAUUGAAAAAAUAAUGGGAUAGCUGGUGAUAAAUAAUAAUCAAUAAAAAUACUUAGAACCUCUGUGAACAAUGAAUCGAAAAGACAGCAGCGACGAAGAAGAAGUGCCGAAUAUUUCAGCAUUUUCAAAAUUUGAUGAAAGUAUCGAGGUGCGAAAUGCUGAAGAGAUCAAAAGUCCAAUAAACAGUAGAUCGGCGAGUAUGAAGAAACCGACAAGGAAUAAAAGUAUCGAGAAACCUGGUAGUGCCGAAAUAAAUUCUCCACGUAGAAAACCAGAAUUGAUGAGGUAUUCGAGUAAAAUCGAUCGUGGCGUCUCUUAUGGAAAAUCUAUGGGAAUUGGUAGCGAUCCUUCAGACAGCGAAGAAACUGAUGACGAUGAUAUUCAAGCUACCAGCAUGGCAAAAAGUUUAGAUUUUUAUGAUCCAAAAAAAUUUGAGGAUAUGGAAGUUUCCGCGGAAGUUAAAGAAUUAUUUCAAAACAUAAUGAGAUAUACUCCACAGAAAAUUGAUCUAAAUUAUAAAUUGAUACCAUUCAUACCAGACUAUAUACCGGCGGUCGGUGAUAUAGAUGCUUUUAUUAAAAUACCAAGACCAGACGGAUUGGCUGAUAAAGUUGGGUUGGUAGUUUUGGAUGAACCAUGCGCCAAUCAGUCCGAACCUGCCGUGCUGCAUCUACAGUUACGAAGUCGUAGCAAAAGUGCUGGCCCAGCUAAGCAAUCGGUAAUAAAGAGGAUCGAGGAUGCUGAGAAAAAUGGGAAAUCAAUUGAUAGAUGGAUCGAAGAUAUCAACCAAUUACAUAGAAGUAGGCAUCCUCCAGCUGUUGAAUUAUCGAAACCAAUGCCUGACAUUGAUAAUCUUAUGCAGCAAUGGCCGAACGAAUUAGAAGAGAAGCUUAACGAGAUGGAAACUGAUUUGUCAAAAUUAGAUUGUGAUCUUGUACAUCUCGUUGAUAUUGUUUGCAAUCUAUUAGACAUUCCUGUCCAUGGAAGUUCUAGAAUAGAAGCUCUUCAUACGUUAUUCACAUUAUUUUUAGUAGUUAGAGAUCAUCAGUAUUAAUUAAAUACUUUCAAAGUAAUUAAGCCUGAUUUUUUCAGAUUACGUAUACAUCGUAUCCAUAAUUGAUUUUCUAAAUCAUCUUCAGGUUUUUCAAGAUUUAUCUUAAAUUCUGAUGCUGCGGCAUUAACUUGAAUACCUUGUACAUCUGAAAAUAUGUAUUUCAGAAAAUAAUAUAUUUUAUAAGAAACAAAAUCAAUUAUGUCAAAUUGGAGUACCUGAAAGAAGAAACUAAAAAUUAAAAAGCUACAUUAUAAUAUUAUAUAAUAUAAAAUAU